AUGAAGUCGUUCAAGAGCUUCGUCAACAAGCGCCGCCAGAGCUGGCAAAAUCGGGGCAAGCAGGAGGAUAAUCCGGCACCGGCACCACCCGCUCCCACUCCCGCCGACGCCGGCAACGAGAAGCGCGCAGCAGCUCCACAAGCCAACAACGAACAGCAACAAGUACUUGCUGCGGCCGCGCCUGGUACUCUCCAGCUGGCACUGCAGAACAAGUCCAACUCCGACAAUGUAUACUGCUACAUCACCGGCCUUGCCCUGGAGCGAAACAACACCCCUCUCUUUGUGCAAGCAGACGGCCAGUCCAUCUACUAUCCAGUAGCCCCUAAGGAUAUCCAACAGCCCCUCCAAGCCGAUGUCGCCAUUCCACUUGGCCGUCCCGGUAACACUGUCAACGUCAGGAUCCCCAAGAUAGCUGGUGGUCGUAUCUGGUUCAGCAUCGGCGCAAAGCUCACCUUCCUCCUCAACCCAGGCCCUGCGGUUGUUGAGCCCAGCGUGACCAACCCAAGCGACCCCAACUUCAACAUCAACUGGACCUUCUGCGAGUUCACAUACAACGACGCGCAGCUGUUCGCCAACAUCAGCUACGUUGACUUCGUCAGCAUCCCCGUUGCGCUUAGCUUGACCAGCAACGAUGGCAAGACCCAAACAGUACCUGGCAUGGGCGCCGAUGGCUUCCGGAGAAUCAUGGAGGAGCUGCGCGCGCAGGCUCAGCGUGACGGUCGACCUUGGGAUAAGCUAAUCUACGAGGCCAACGGGCAGCCAUUGCGCGUACUGAGCCCGAACAACCUGCUUGUCGGCAAUGAGAAUGCUUGGGGAGAUUACUGGAACGGCUACGUCCAGGCAGUGUGGAACAAGUACCGCAAUGAAGACAUGACCAUCAACACCCAGGCCGCAGCCGGCAACCUCAAGGGACGUGUCCAAGGCAACGAGCUCGAACUAGGCGAGGCAGGCAAGUUUGCUGCUCCGUCAGCUAGGGAUAUCUUCACUUGCAGCACCGGGCCCUUUGCAACUGGAUCGAACCAAGCGCGUAACGCGGUGAUUCCCCGUCUUGCUGCGGCCUUCAACCGUAGCAUUUUGCUAAACACACCGGGCAACCAGUUCCCCAACGGCAGCAACCCGAGCCAGUACUACAAGGACCCGACCACCAACCACUACUCGCGUAUCGUGCAUCAGAUGCAGAAGGAUGGGCGCGGGUACGCUUUCCCAUACGACGAUGUUGUUCCGGAUGGUGGUCAGGAUGUGGCAGGCACGAUCUUCGCUGGCAGCCCGACGUUGUUCACCAUCGCUGUUGGUGGGCAGUAA